AUGGCUUCGGACUGCAACAGCAAGGCGAGGAAUCCCUUGAACUUCAACCAUGGCCCCCAUUCCCACUCCCGACGGUGGAGCUACCUGACUCUGGCCAAUGAAGCAGCUGCACGCUGUAUCAUCAACAGCAUUCUCUUCUCUCUGUUAGAUACAGUUGUGCCGUAUCCAAACAAUGGCCAAUGGCCAUUGAAUCUUCAGAUGGAGACCUCGCUGACCUCUCGUCCGUUCCCCCUGAGGGGAAAGGUGUACCAAGCAAAGGGCACCUACGAUUACACGUUGUGGUACGGAGAAAGGGGCGGCGCAGACAAGGCCAUUAACUUGGUCCUUGUUGAGGCGAAGAAGCUUGGCCUUGCCAGCCAAGGUGACGACCAGGCCUUAGGGUAUAUGGCCUGUGUCCACCAAGAGAGAAGGACCCUGCCUUCUCGGAACUCCACAGUUUGCGGUCUAAGUACCGAUGGCGAGGAGUUCCGUUUUCUUCGGAUCAACGAAAGGAGCGAGUUCAGCAAAGCCAUCAUGAUGAAAACUCCCCCGUGGGAACUAUUCUCACAUCACGAGCAUGAUUGCUUUUAUCAUGAGGGAGGCGGUUUCCCAGUCGCCUUACACGUCCAGGAAUUCUAA